GACAUGUCUAGGAUAGCUGCCAGUGAUAGGGGAACGGGGAAGGGAGACGCUACCAUCACACUGCUGACUCCGCGGUGUUCGGGACAGGACUUCACUUAAUUCCUGUUUCAUUCGUAUUUUGAAACACUAACUUGACUUGACUUGAUUGUUAUGCUUUGGUGCUGUUUGGACUUUGUGUGGACUUUUACGGUUAAGAAGUUUUACGUCACGUGUUGAAGGAAGAUAUCCAACUUGAAUGUAUGCGUGUUCUGCAGCUGACUCGGGGGGAAAGGACGGAGUUCAGUUGGAACUGGUUUGUACGUGUUUCCUUUUUGUACUCUGCAAGAACUGUCCAUGUGCAUUCUCUCUCCGAUGACACAUCACAGGGAUCUAACAAAUGCCACGUAAAUUACGUGAAAAGGUUUUUAAAUCACAGCAUUGUAAUUUUGGAGUGAAAAAUUGGAGUGAACACCUGAUGACAUAAAUGUUGAUGGACGCAUUCUUGUUAGAGACUCGCUGGAUAUAAUAUUUAAAGUGCUGUUAAAAUAUUAUCUUUUCAAACUCAUAUCAAAGUCAUUUUUGUUCAUCGUAACAUAUGUGUGUGUUGAUUUUGAGGGGUGGAAUGACGCCAAGCUCUGAGGACUGGGGCAUGCUGUAAAGCACACAUCCUUUUUUUAGCACUUCGCUGCGUUCUGACAUCCGGACUACAACUUUUUCCAAACAAAAUCUGUCACGGACGCGCUACCCUAUGUCACUUUAUUUGGGGUUUCUUUUUGCUACUGGAGUAAGUUUGACUGACUAAGCCACGGAAAAAAUGAGAAGAGUUUUGGUUCUGGAAUUUUUUGCUCUGCUACUUCUGCUGACAUGGCUUGGAGAUGCGUCCGAGACGAACCCAGCCAACCGACAGGCGGGUAUCGGACGAGUUCCUUUAAGACGUGCCAGACUAAACAAACAGCGCCUGCAUCCAGGAGUUCUGACGCGCGGCGGCACUGGCGCUGGGGCCCAAUCCGCGGCCCCUGCUGAGCCCUCAGGGCUGACUGGACAGCAUGAGGAAAUGCAGAGGGACCAAAGCGCUAGUCCACCCAACCAGGGGGCGGCACGGAGGGGGGUUAUGGCACGCCGGAGACCCCUGCAAGGGGGCAGCCAAGCCGCUGUCGGGCAUGCCAUGGUUCAGGAUGAAGGGACGCCGGGGGCACGUGCUAGAGUGUCCCGCAUGCCAAGCAGUGCCGGCUCGCCCAACCUCCUGGCCACCUUCGCCGGCAAGAACCGGCUGCUGGUCAUCUCGGCGCCGCACGACUCGGACGGCUACUACCGCCUGAUGAUGAGCCUGCUGAAGUCGGACGUCUACUGCGAGCUGGCCGAGCGGCACGUGCACCAGAUCGUGAUGUUCCACCAGGAGGGGGAGCAGGGGGGCAAGGUGCGGCGCAUCACCAACGAGGGCAAAGUGAUGGAGGAGCCGCUGGACGUGGCGCUGAUCCCGCGGCUUAUGAGCUUCCUGAAGAUGGAGAAGGGCAAGUUCGGCAUGGUGCUGCUGAAGAAGACCCUGCAGGUGGAGGAGCGCUACCCGUACCCUGUCAGGUUGGAGGCCAUGUACGAGGUGAUCGACCAGGCGCCCAUGCGCAAGCUGGAGAAGAUGAGGCAGAAGGGCUUCGUGCAGAAGUGCAAGGGGGCCGGCGUGGAAGGCCAGGUGGAGGAAGGGGCCUUGACGGACACGCAGAGGAAGCCGUUCAGGAGGCCCGCACAGCCCAGCACGACCACCACGGUAGCCACCACCACCACCAGACCCACCACUACAACCAAGGCUCCGACCACAACAACCACCACCACCCCAGCCCCAACCACCACGACCAAGCCCACCACCACUACCCGAGCUACAACCACCACCCGAACAACUACAACAACGCGUGCUACAACCACCACCACCACACGUGCUACAACCACCACGCAGAGAACAACCAAAGCUCCGGCAAGGGUGACAGUUGACCCUUACUAUUACAACCGCAGAGGCAGGCACCACACCAAGACAACCACCACCCCAACCACCCCCUACGAGUACUAUACCAAGGCCUCCACGGGGCGAUACGGGGACAACCGGACAGACAGGAAGGACUACGGGCGCAAACAGGCUGGGGUGACACCGACACAACACAAGCCUACAAAGCCGUCCAGGCCGUCCAAGAAGAAACAUGGAGGCAAAGUGGUCGUCAAUGGCUACGAGGACAAGUAUGACGUCGGCAGGCCCACAGAGACGGACCUGGAGGAACAAGAAGUGGAGGUUGUCCCCACCAAGAAGAGCCGCGUCAAACAAGACAAGAAUGAGAAAAAGAAGAGGAAGGACAAAGCCGACAAGCUGACCAAGAAGGACAAGUCGGAGCGCAGGUCCAAGACGCCCAAGGGCCACAAGAAGAAUGGGAAAAAGGUGUCUAAGACUCAGGAUGAGUACCACAAGCCCACGAAGAGACCGCCGCCACCCAAGGGAAUGCUGGAAACCUUCCUGGACUACUUUGAGAACCGAAGACGUCUCAUUGUGAUCACCGCCCCCACGGAGGAGAACCGCAUGUACGUCCAGCAGCGGGAUGAGUACCUGGAGCACGUGUGUGAGAUGGCCAUCCGGAAAGUGUCCAUCAUCACCAUCUUCGGCACACUCACCAACAACAGCAUGAAGAUUGACCACUACCAGCUGGAGAGCGACAGGGCUAUGAAGGGUCUCAGACAGGAGGACCUGGUGAACCAGGAGCUGAUUGCAGAGCUGAGGAGGGAGUUUGGAAUGAACUACAACGACUUCCACAUGGUGCUCACCGACUUCGACAUGAGAGUGAAGCAAUUCUACGAAGUGCCCAUUGCCAUGAAGGCAGUGUUUGACUACUUGGACACGUUCGCCUCACGCGUCCGUGAGAUGGAGCAGCAGAAGCGCGAUGGAGUGGUGUGCAAGAAAGAGGACAAACCCAGAUCAUUGGAGAACUUCCUUUCAAGGUUCCGGUGGCGGCGGAGGCUCUUUGUCAUAUCGGCUCCUAACGAUGAGGAAUGGGCCUACCAGCAGCAGCUGUAUGCACUGACCAGCCAAGCCUGCAACCUGGGCUUGAGGCACAUCUCCAUACUGAAGCUGGUGGGCACUGAACCGGCAGACAUGGGUGGAGUCCUGGAGCUGUACCCAAUCAACGGCUCGGCCACAGUGGAUCGGGAGGGACUGUCGGCCACACUAGUGCGGGACAUCCGCAACUACUUCCAGGUCAGCCCGGAGUAUUUCUCCAUGCUCCUGGUGGGCAAGGACGGCAACGUGAAGUCCUGGUACCCCUCGCCCAUGUGGUCCAUGGCCAUCAUUUACGACCUGAUCGACUCCAUGCAGCUGCGGCGCCAGGAGAUGGCCAUCCAGCAGUCGCUGGGCAUGCGCUGCCCGGAGGACGAGUACGGCGGCUACGGAUACCAUCACCAUGGCUACCACGACGGCUACCAGGAAGGUUAUCAUCAAGGAUAUGGCUAUUAAAGGGGGGAGAGGGAGAGCUGUGAAUGCUCUCCAUGUUGUGUAUGUAGCCUGCGGACAGGGCUGUGGUGCUACUUUGAUGCUCGCCACUGUCACGUCACAUUACUUCCUGUUUCUGCAUUUUUAAAUCCUGUCACAGCUGACUUGCGUUGGAACACCGCUUCAUUCUCUCAUACAGUUGUGUUCUUAUUCUAUCAACCUCCUGCGGACAGGUAUGGAUGUCUCUUUUUGUAGAUAAGAACAAAAAAAUAUUAAAAAGUUAUGUAUGGUUUGUUUUGUUUUGUAUUUAUUGUUGGUUGUGAAUUUGAGAUGUGUCUGAAGGUCACAAUCAGUUGUCUCUUGAAGAGGGCUCAUAAACCUUUGUUUUGUCUAUUGUAAAGAUUACAUAAUGUUCUUAUUUAUAUGCAGCUCUGCUAUAAGGACAAUAAAGUCAAUUUAUUACCAA